CUGACUACUGGACACCAGCAAUCCUUCUAAAAAGUUCUCAGCGUUUAGUUCUUUUUAGUUUGGGGCCACAAAACAAAAUCUAGGAUAUUAAAAUAGAGUCAGUGAGAUCAACGUGACAGUGGGAGAGGGAAGAAUGAAGUUGGGAAAAGUUCCCUUGCUCCUAUGCCUGCUCGCCUUGCAGCAAUCUGUUUCUGUUCAAGCCGCACUUUCCACAGCUGCUGAACAGAAUCAGCCCAGAAUCCAGAAAUGGCAACAGAUUCGGAGGAAUCAGAAACAAGGCCACAACGAGAUUCGGCACCUGAACCCAGACGAGACGGAGUGGACUUCCUGGUUCAAUAUCGAUCACCCUGGUGGGAAUGGAGACUUUGAGCGGUUGGAAGCCAUCCGCUUCUAUUACCGGGAACGAGUGUGCGCUCGGCCACGGUCCAUCGAGGUCCGUACAACAGAAUGGGUGAAAGCAGAACAAACCGGGGAAGUUGUCCAUUACAGCCCUGACAAGGGCUUCUGGUGCAUCAACAAGGAACAGCCCGAGGGCAGGAUUUGCUCCAAUUACCACGUCCGAUUUCAAUGUCCUGUAGUUCAAGCCUAUUGGUCAAACUGGUCAGCGUGGAGUUCGUGCUCGGUGACCGCAUGUGGCGAUACGGGGAUCCAAGCUCGCCAGCGCACCUGCACAAACAGCAUGCGUUUCCGCUUCAUCAUGGCUCCGAAAUGCAAGGGAAAGGCCAUUGAGCGGCGAGACUGCAGCACUGAACCCUGCCAGGAGGCCCAUUGGACAGACUGGGGGCCGUGGACCGAGUGUUCUGUCUCGUGUGGAACAGGUCACAUCCUGCGCCGUCGAAGCUGUGGCCGAACCCCAAAAAGGACGACCUGCACUGGCCGGCCGAUUGAAGUCCAGAAGUGCAGCCGCGCUCCUUGUGCAGUCUGUCAGCACGUGUGUGCAGUGGGACACGUCAGUGAAGAAUGUAAUGGCUGUGUCUGUGACCAACACCUUUUACUGGGCACAGUGCAUUCAGCAAAUGGAGUCCCCGUUAGCCGGAGUAGGAUAGCGAUGGAGGAUCAGCCAAAUGUGACCGUCACGGUCAGCGAUGAAAAUGGCUCUUUCAAGAUCCCUGGCAUUUGUGCCGACAGCAAGACCCGUCUCCUGAUCGAAAGUGCGAGGUUUGCCCCCUCUGUGUUUCAAGCAGCUCAGAAUAGCACAGAAUCAUCAGUGGUGAAGGUGGUUCUGGAGAGAGCUGAAAAGCCCUACAUUGUGAAACACCCUGAGACAAAAGUACGAUUUGAAGGUCAGCGAGUGUCCUUUUGCUGCAAGGCCACUGGAUCUCCAUCUCCACUUCAAUAUUUGUGGUAUCACAAUGGAACACUGCUGGACACAAAAAAUGAAGAAACUUUAUUGCUGAAGGAGUUGAAGAACUGGCAGGGAGGGGAAUACCAGUGCAAAGUUUCCAAUGGCAUCAGCUCCAUCAAAUCAGUUCCAGCAACUCUCACAGUUACAGCCAAAGGGCGACCAAAUUGCAAGUCAAAACCACUGCAGCAUUUCAUCAAACUGCCGGAGAACUGUUUCCAGAAAGCAACCAAAUCCUUUCACUUCAACGUCGGGAAGUGUCCCAACAGUGGGUGUGCUGGCAACCUGAACUUUGACCUGCGUUGCAAGGACAGCACGAGGUACUGCUGUGGAGUGAAGCGUAUGAAGGACGUGGAGAUUGCAUGUCAGGGAUACACCCUUCCCGUCAAGGUGGUAGCAAGAUGCAGCUGCAAGAAGUGCCUGGAGCCCAAGGUAUUGAUCAGAGGGAGGGCAGUGGCAGCAGAUAAUGGCGAGCCACUGCGAUUUGGACACAUCUUUGUGGGUAAUGAGAAAGUUGGCCUGACAGGCUACAAGGGGACCUUCACUAUACAGGUCCCUCAGGAAACAGAAAGGCUUGUUGUCCAGUUUAUCGACAAGUCAAACAAAUUUGUCGACACUGUAAAAGUCUUUCCCUUUGACCGGAAGAGCGGGGACGUGUAUUUUGAGGUUAAGUUAUUGAGGAAAUCCAAGCCGAUUGAGAUUGACUCCACCAUAGGUGUCACCAUUCCAUUGGGAGAAAUGGAAGGUGAAGACACAAUUGGAAAGCUGGAAAUUGCACCCAAUUCUUUCCACCGAAGCAACGGGGAAAGUUACAGAGGGAAGGUCAAGGCCAGUGUGACUUUUCUGGACCCAAGGAACAUCACUCUCGCCAUGACUGCAUCGAGUGACCUGAACUUUAUCAAUGAAGAGGGAGACAUUCUACCUCUGAGGACCUACGGCAUGUUCUCGGCUGAUUUCCGGGAGGAGUUAUCGAACGAUGCCAUCGAAGCGUCCAAUGUUAAGGUCUACCUCGACACUGCCAGCAUUAAGAUGCCGGAGCACGUGGAGAAGGUGAAGCUGUGGUCCUUGAACCCAGACACCGGGUUCUGGGAGGAAGAGAGUCUCUUCCACAUUGAGAAGAGAAAGCGCAACAAACGCGAGGAGAGGACGUUCCUUAUCGGUAACAUGGAGAUCCGGGAGCGCCGUCUUUUCAAUCUGGAUGUCCCGGAAGGCAGGCGCUGCUAUGUGAAAGUCAGGGCCUACAUGAGUGAGAAGUUCUUGCCCAAUGAGCAGCUAGAGGGAGUGGUGGUAACUCUGAUCAACCUGGAACCUUUGCCAGGGUACACAGCCAAUCCACGAGCAUGGGGCCGCUUUGACAGUGUCAUAACUGGGCCUAAUGGAGCCUGCCUGCCUGCUUUCUGUGAUGCAGUCAGGCCAGAUGCUUACACAGCCUAUGUUACAGCCACCUUGGGAGCAGAGGAGCUAGAGGCCGCUGCCUCGAGCCCAAAAAUGAACCCCAACAUCAUUGGAGUGUCUCAGCCCUUCCUGGGGAAGCUGGACUACAGAAGGUCGGACCAUGAGGACGAGCAGCUGAAGAAAACCACUUUCAAAAUUAAUCUCGCAAAGCCCAAUGCAAACAACAUCGAUGAGACCAAUGGGCCAAUAUAUGCCUACCAAGAUGUAAAAGAGUGUGAAGAAGCCCCAGUCUCAGCCAAUCAUUUCAGGUUCUACAAAGUGGAGAAGGACAAAUAUGAGUACAAUGUGGUUCCUUUCGAGGAGAAUGACUUGACCAGUUGGACGGGGAACUAUCUCUCAUGGUGGCCCAAUCCUCAGGAGUUCAGGGCUUGCUACAUCAAAGUCAAAGUCAACGGGCCGCUGGAGGUCAUGGUGAGGUCGCGCAACAUUGGGGGCACUCACCCAGAGACGGUGGGUCAGCUGUACGGUAUCCGGGAUGCCCGUAGUGUCCGAGAUUUGAACAAUCCCAAUGUUUCAGCUGCAUGCCUCGAGUUCAAAUGCGGGGGCAUGCUGUUUGACCAAAGCUCGGUUGACCGCACUCUGGUGACUGUGAUCCCCCAGGGCAGCUGCCGGCGAACUGGGAUCAACAACCUGUUGCAGGAGUACCUGCGCCGACACCCCCCCUCGGCCGUCAACAAUGAGACAUCGGCUUUCAGCAUGCUGGCCCCCGUGGACCCACUGGGCCACAACUACGGGAUCUAUACGGUCACCGAUCAGAACCCCAGGCUGGCCAAGGAGAUCGCCAUUGGCCGCUGCUUUGACGGCACCUCGGACGGCUUCUCCCGAGAAAUGAAGGUCGAUGUGGGAAACGCAGUGACCUUCAGCUGUCAGGAGAAGCUGGUGACUCGCCAGAGCCUCUUCCAGCGGCUGCAGAGCUCUCCGGCUGAGACCCUGACGGAGAUUGGGGCGGAGAUGAGGAGACAGACACUAGUACGACCUGCUCAAUCCCGGAUUGUGGCCUACCCGUCAGGUCAAAGGAGUCGCAGGGCCCAGGUUCCCAGUCAGAACAUAAGGAGGAGUGAACUCCCCAGACAGUAGAUUGGAAUGGACUCUUCCUGAUCCUGAAGUGAGAGGUAUAUUAUAAAAUCUGUACAUAGUGAACUCAACAGUAAUAUUCUUGUUUACUAAGGGCCAAUUUUUGGUCAACAAGUGAGGAAUUCUUCAGCACCAAAUAUAAUCCUUCAAGGCCAUGCUCAGCUAUGUAUAUUGCACAUUCUGUUUGGGGCACUUUAAUAUACUAGACUUUCACCUCUGGGAUUCGGAACAAAAUUCACACCAAACUGAUGGGAUGGAAGUUCCUGCUCCUUGUUGCUUACGGAUCAACCCAGGAAGGUGGCGCACAGGGUACCUCGAGGCAGGCUUGGAACGCCAAAUUUUCCAUGAUUUGGCCCAUGCUGACACUGUCUCUCAGAGUUCCAGAAGAUAUUGGGUGGGGGCACAGGUCUGCUGAUGCUAUUGGUCACGAUGUGUUGUUUGUACAGACUGGUCAUUGCAGGGUUCUGAUGACCAUGCUCUUCAAAGCCACCAAUCAUCCAACAUUGGAUUCCCUUGUUGUAGAAGUUCAGCUGAAACAAGUCUUUGAUGUUGUCUCGCCACUUUGUUCAUGGUCGACCUCUUGCUCUUCAUCUGUUCAUCCUUCCUGUGUUAAUAACCUGCCUGCACAGAGAAUGUGACUAAAGAACUCCAUUUGUCUUCCUUUGAUAAAAUAUGAGUUCCCUUAUUUUUCUGGCCUCAUUCAGUAAUUCUUUGUUUGCUCUUUUCUCCAUCUCCAUCCCCUUAGGAACUGCCUUUAGCAAUUCUGAAGUUGUUUUCUUUCUCUGUCCCAAAGCUCCAAGAUUGACAAUCAGAACCCAUUUCAGACCAGACACAGAUUCUCCUCUCAAGGCUCAAGCUAAUAGUCCUUAGAAUGUUGUUCAGUUCUAUAAAAACACUUUUUUUUUUUUGGCUUGGCCAACUCUUUUUGUUUUGGAUUUCAGAAUGACGUUUGACAUUGAAUGUUCUUGUACGUUAUAUAGUUGCAUUGUGUCGGAAUUGGCUUCCAUUUACUUUGAUGUUAUGAAAGUGAUAAAAACCAGGAAAUUCCAGUCUGCAGUGUCACGCAAAAUGGAAGCAGGUUGGACAAAGU